AUGGGUUUAUUAUCAUCAUUACUAUGUUGCUCAACCGAUUCAAAGGAUGAUGGGAAUGAUAAAAUUCAGAAUCAAAAACUUUCACCUCAUCAGCAACAACAACAACAACAAAAACAACAAGGAGAAGGACAAAGGAAACCCCGUCAACAGCAAGGUCAAAAGCGGGUGGCUGAAAAUGAGAAUUCCGAUAAUAACGAUUCAAAAUCAAUUGAUAAUAAGAUACGAAAUGAUAAUUCAGAUGAUACAAAAAGUUCCAAGAUUAAACAAGUUAAUGGUUCUAAAUCUGAUGACAUUGAAGAAGAGGAUGAUAAUGAAACAAAAUUAGAAUUAUCUAAGAAAAACUCAUUUGAAAUUAAUCAUGAAGGAAAUUCAAUAAAUGAAACUGAAGAAUCACCGAAUCAUACUCCUAAAUCAUCCACAUUAAAUAAUAAUAACAAUCAAAACAAUCCGGGAGAUUUAAUAACCCAAGUAAAUGAGAAUAAAAAUCCUGACAAAUCCUUAGAAAGUGAUGAUGAGGAAGAUGAUGAUGAUGAGGAAGAAGAAGAUUUAGAAUCUUAUUUAGAUUUAACUAAAUUACAAGAUGGACAAGCUCAUGAUUCCGAAUCUGGUUGUUUACUCGGUUUUAAACUGGAGAAAUUUGGAUCCAAAAAAUGUCUUAUAUUAGAUUUAGAUGAAACUUUAGUACAUUCAAGUUUUAAAUAUAUCAGAUCUGCUGAUUUUGUUAUACCUGUUGAAAUAGAUGGUCAAGUACAUCAUGUAUAUGUAAUUAAACGUCCAGGAGUAGAUGAAUUUCUACAAAAAGUAGGUCAAUGGUAUGAAGUUGUUGUAUUUACUGCAUCUGUCCAAAAAUAUGGAGAUCCGUUAUUGGAUAAAUUAGAUUUAAAUAAACUGGUUCAUCAUAGAUUAUUCAGAGAUUCAUGUUAUAAUUAUCAAGGUAAUUUUAUUAAAAAUUUAGCUCAAAUGGGUAGAGAUGUUUCAAAAACAAUAAUUAUAGAUAAUUCUCCAACAUCAUAUAUUUUUCAUCCUCAAAAUUCAAUACCUAUAAGUAGUUGGUUUAGUGAUAGUCAUGAUAAUGAAUUAUUGGAUUUACUACCGUUUUUACAAGAUUUAUCAAAACCAACUGUUGAUAACGUUGAAAUCGUAUUAGAUAUAAGUUAUUAG